AUGCACCAACACAACGGCCUCUUCCAGGACGGGAGUCCAGUGCCAGACGAGAGAGACUCCAAGUCACCUUCACCAUCCUCCAACGCAGACCCCACAAGCUUCAAACCCGCCCGUGACACCCCCGAACAAACCGAAUGGUCCGCUGUGGGCCACGCAGCCACCGGGAAAUCCGGGCGAGUAAUCCACAACCUGCAGGAGGAAAUCGCGCGCCUCACCCGUGAUCUGGGUGUGUACCGCUCCAAAACCGAAGAAGCAACCCGCCUGAAUGAAACCUUCAAGAUCCAAUAUACCAAUGCGCAGGAACGACUCCGCAAUCUCGAGCAAGUCAACGAGACCAACCUGAACUCGAUUGCCCGCAAGGACAAGAAGAUCGAAGAGCUACGCACGGAGCUGCAGCAUGAGCGCGUCAAGCGUCAAGACGCGGAAGAAGUCGCGAACCUGACGAAUAGCACCAUGCGCGAGGAACGAGAGAUUCACCACCGCGCGCAGGCCCACGCCCUGGAGCUGGCGAAGCACUACGAGACGCAAUACGAUGUGCUGUCCGGCACGCUGAAGCGGGACAAAGCUGAGCUGGGGGCAAAGAUCAAGGCGCUCUGGGAGGAGCUCUACUCGAUGCAGGCGACGCAGCAGGAACAGAGUGUGCAGACGGAGCGCCUAGAGGUCCUGGCCGACCAGAAGAAUCGGGAGAUCGCGGCGCUGAAGGAGUCGAAUGAGAAGCUCAUGACAACACAUGCGGAAUAUAAGCAGGUCAAGGAUAAUGAGCUGCGGGAGACGAUCGAGCGGACGAAUCUGAACAAUACCCUGAUUGACAAGGCGAUCGAUUCGAUGAAGACGACCGAGGCCCAGAUGAGAUGGGCUAUUAAGCUCCAUGAGAGCAAGUCCAAAGAAUAA